UAUAUAUGGAGGUGCCAAAGGAGAUCAACCUAGCCAAUCACUUAUAACAACGAAGCUUAGCUCUCUCGCGGCACUGCGACAGCGCACCAAACGGCCGCGAGCGUAGCUGCCGCCAUGUCCGGUGCUCGUCUGCUGCUUGCAGUUGUCCUUGUAGCAGUCGCUUCCGGCGCCUACGCUGGCUAUGAUACAGCCGGCACGCCGCCGAUCAGCAGGAGAAGCUUCCCUAAGGGAUUCGUCUUCGGGACAUCCUCAUCGGCCUAUCAGUAUGAGGGUGGUGCGAAGGAGGGUGGCAAAGGACAAAGUAUCUGGGACACCUUCACACACCAGCAACCAGAUAAAAUCGCCGACAGAAGCACCGGGGAUGUAGCAGUGGACUCCUACCAUCUGUACAAGGAAGAUGUGCAGCUCAUGGAGAACAUGGGAAUGGAUGCGUAUAGAUUAUCCAUCUCAUGGACAAGAAUUCUUCCAAAUGGUAGUCUGAGUGGUGGGAUUAACAGAGAAGGUGUCAAUUACUACAACAAUUUGAUCAAUGAGCUCCUGGCUAAAGGGGUGCAACCAUAUGUGACAAUUUUUCACUGGGACUCGCCUCAGGUACUAGAAGAUAAAUAUGGAGGAUUUCUUAGCCCUAAUAUCGUAAAUGACUUCAAGGAUUACGCUGAAGUCUGUUUCAAGGAGUUUGGCGACCGAGUGAAGCACUGGAUCACCUUCAACCAGCCCUUCACCUUCGCCUCAGGGGGCUACGCCACCGGCACAAAAGCGCCGGGCCGGUGUUCCCCAUGGGAGGGAAAAUGCAGCGCUGGGGACUCAGGAAGAGAGCCUUACAUCGUGGGACACCAUGAGCUGCUCGCACACGCAGAAACCGUUCGGUUAUACAAAGAGAAAUACCAGGCUGCGCAAAAGGGAAAAAUCGGGAUAACCUUAGUCUCACACUGGUUUGUUCCCUUCUCCCGCUCCAAAUCCAGCAAAGCUGCAGCAAAACGCGCCAUAGACUUCAUGUUUGGAUGGUUUAUGGACCCCCUCAUUAGAGGUGACUACCCAGCAAGCAUGAAAGGAUUGGUCGGAAAUCGCCUGCCCAUGCUCACUAAAGAACAGUCCGAGUUGGUUAAGGGUUCAUUCGACUUCAUCGGACUCAACUACUACACUACAAACUACGCUGACCACCUUCCUCCAUCAAAUGGCCUUAACACCAGCUACAGCACUGAUUCUCAAGCAAACACUACCGGUGUUCGAAACGGUGUGCCUAUAGGUCCCCGGGCCGCUUCAUCAUGGCUCUACAUCUACCCAGAAGGAAUCCGUGAGCUGCUGCUGUAUAUCAAGCAAUACUACGGCAACCCGACCAUCUACAUCACUGAAAAUGGCGUUGAUGAAGCCAACAACAAGACUGUGACACUGCAGGAGUCGCUCAAGGAUGACACCAGGGUGGAUUUCUACCACAGGCACCUGCUUGCCCUGCUGAGAGCCAUAAGGGAGGGUGCCAACGUGAAAGCAUACUUCGCGUGGUCGCUGCUGGACAACUUCGAGUGGGGGAACGGCUUCACGGUUCGCUUCGGCCUCAACUUCGUGGACUACAGCGAUGGGAACAAGCGGUACCCCAAGAAAUCUGCGCACUGGUUCAAGGAGUUCCUCAGGAAAUGAGCAUCAUGAACGACGCUGGGACAAUGCUAAGGUCUCAGUUUGUACGAUUGGAUUGACAGUGCGUGUACCGUGAGAGACAAGGUGUUACAAUAAAAGGAUCGGCAAAAACAAAGACCAUGGUACUAAUUUUUUUUAAAAAAAUAAACAUCACGGUCAAUUUACAAUUUA